UUGCGAUUGAUCGAGCGACCAUGCCCUCGUAAACUCUGCACUCAACCUCACAGACUGGGCCCGUACAGCCUCCACGUUCAUAAUUAAAGUCCUUCUAAGGAAACAUUUGACGAGGCCAGAUCGCAAGAUCUGCCGUUUGAUUCACACAAGGACGCCGAGAUGAAGAGGGCAGCCGCUUUCCAGCUGACCUCGGGCUCAGGUGAUGGCGAGGAGUCGGAAGAAGGCCAGAAUGGAUCCGCUGGUGGCGCGGGCGCAUUGCAAGGUAGCGGAGCUGACAGAGUCAUCAAGGGUAUGCCUAGACGGAAAGGAAGCGGACCCCCCGGUGCGGCAAGUUCAGCGUCAAUAGCGGCACCGUCAAGUUCGGCGCCUGGUCGAACUCCUUUCUCUUUUGGUACAGCAGCAUCUCCUGCGUCAAAUGCUUCUUCCGUACAGGGUAAUGCUUUUGGUGCUUCAAGCGGCAUUGCAUCCGCUCCCGCGACUCCCGCUACUCUCUUUUCAUUUGGCUCUUCUUCAACGAGCAGCGCAACAUCCCAAGUCACAUCCUCCACUUCUCGACAAUCAUCCGCUGAAUCCUACUACCUGAAACUUAGAGGCCUUAAUCACUCCCUUUCUAGCGCACUGGAGGGUGUCCUCAAAGCUGAUCCGUUCGCAGACCUCACACACGUUCUUGCUGAGCUAGCGAGUGAUUACAAACGGCAUAGGAGCAGCACCGAUGCUCUUGCUGGGCCGUCUGCGUCCGCAGCAAGAUCAACAGAAACGAGUUCGACGUCUCCUGCAGUGCCACCAUCUCCCACAGUCUCGAACCCUGCGACGCCUUUUGUCUCCUCACGCCAGGCGAAUACUCUAGUAGGACCCCCAAAAGCACCUACUACUCCUUUCACGUUCGGAGGAGUACCUGCAGGUGCCUCUCCAAUCACACCGAAAGCAGACCCCAAACCCACACUACUUCCAGGGCAGCCUACCUUUUCUAGCCCAUCAGGCGGCUUUUCAUUCGCAGGCAAGAGCUUUGGGGCGCCUGCUGAAGGUGAUGCACAGGCAACCAAAAGCGUCGCGAAAACACCUAGCAAUUCUUCUUCAAGUGCCUCAUCAUUCGCCUUUGCGCCUGCCGCAGCAGCGAAAGAGGUAUCUACGACGAUCACGAAGGGCGAUGGGGAUGUAUCACGGGGGGAAGGCAAUCGGGCGGAAGGGGCAACCAGCACCACCAGAACCCAACCAGCUGCCUCGCCUUUCUUUGGCUUUGGCCAAGCACAUGCAGGCAGCAUGAAGGGCGUGGCCACUCCCCACUCUAAGAGUGCAGCUGGCGACUCAAACGUUCAAAGCACGUCAUCAGACAAGCCGAGUUCUAAUGGAAAUUUCAACAAGAGCGGCACGUUUGGAUUUGGAUCCUCGAGUACCCCUGCUACCCAUGACUCUGCAGCCAAAGAUGCCGCAACCAAACCGAUAUUCGCCUUCGGAUCCGCUCCAGCAGCGUCAUCUACUCCGGCGUCAGCAGCGACCUUCGGCUCUGGCUCAGUGUCGACCACCAAUCCUGUCAGCACUCCGUUUUCGUUCGGCGCAAAAGCCGCUAAUGCUGCGGAGUCUGCUUCGGGCUCGAGCGCCAGCAAACCUGCGGCGGCUUCUCCGUUCGGUUUUGGCUCUGCAUCAGGAUCGUCCUCGAGCAACAAUCUGCGCUUCUCGUUCGGUUCCUCCUCCGCCUCUUCUACGGACCCCUCAAACAUCAGUACGAAUGCAACACCCAAUGUGGGAGCGAGCAAAUCAACAUUCUCUUUUGGAGCGUCCAGCAGCCCCUCUGCGGGAGGUACUGGAUAUGCGGCCACGGGCAACACAAAACCCGGAGGAUUCCAAUUUGCCUUUGGCAAACCAUUGGCUUUUGGAGGAUCUGAGCAAGGCUCUGCCGACAAGAAGGAUGGCGAUGACAAAGCGGAUGACAAAUGACAUUCGCCACGCAUGCCUUCCUCUCGAGACUUUCGAGGCUGUGCCGAUUUGCGGAUCUCGAAGCUCGUUUGUAGAGUUCGUCUUGCUCCGAUGUCGAUCUACCAACACCUACGCGGCCACCCACUGAUUCGCUCUCCAUCCCUCGUCUGUCCAGCAGACUGACGCUUUCUGCAGCCUCAUCGCUCAAUGCAUUCGUGGCGCUAGUGUCUUCGUUGAUCGUGCGAUUGCUGAUGGUCUCAGUCGUCCGCGAUCCUUUGAAGGAGAGCAGUGUGGAUGUUGCCUUCAACUUCACGAGCUGCUGA